GAGGAGGGGCUGGAGGGGGCGCGGCUUGCUCCCCGUCCCUCCCGGGCGCCGGGCCUCCCUCUCCGCCAGGCCCAAGGCUGGUGGCCGGCGGGGGUCGCGGCGGUGGCGGCGGCGCUGGCGGGCCGCGGGCGCGGGGGCCUGGCUCCGGCUCCGGGUGUUAGGAGACAAGAUGGCGGCGGCGCUGUGGAGGCUGGUCUCCUCCUCUCCUCCGCUCUCCUCCGCCCCGCCGCUCGCCGCCUCCUCGGUCUCCUCCUCCUCGUUAGCUGCCUCCUCCUCCUCCUGCAGCAGCCCUAGCGACCGCCGGAGCGCCGGCCCGCUCUCCCGGAGCUCCGGAGGGGGAUAGACGGGGCAGCUGCGGGCUCCAGCGACCGACCGAGGCCGAGCUGGGGCCGGGGCGGGGACGGCGGCGACGGCGGCGGCGGCGGCGGCGGCGCCGGGUGGGGAUGGGGUCGCAGACGCUGCAGAUCCUCCGGCAGGGGGUGUGGGCCGCGCUCAGCGGGGGCUGGUACUACGACCCGCACCAGGCCACCUUCGUGAACGCUCUGCACCUCUACCUGUGGCUCUUUCUGCUCGGCCUGCCCUUCACCCUGUACAUGGCUCUUCCUUCUUCAAUGAUUAUAGUAGCAGUUUAUUGUCCUGUGAUAGCUGCUGUUUUCAUUGUUCUGAAGAUGGUCAACUAUCGACUCCACAGAGCACUUGAUGCUGGAGAAGUUGUAGAUAGGAACGCAAAUGAGUUCCCAGAUCAGCGAGCCAAAGCUGAGCAAGGCAACUGUUCAUCUAGAAGAAAAGACAGUAAUGGACCGAGUGAUCCUGGUGGAGGGAUUGAAAUGUCUGAGUUCAUUCGAGAGGCCACACCCCCAGUUGGUUGCAGUUCAAGAAAUUCUUAUGCUGGCCUAGAUCCAAGCAACCAGAUUGGAUCUGGUUCCUCUCGUCUUGGGACAGCAGCAACUAUUAAAGGAGAUACAGACACUGCUAAGACUUCUGAUGAUAUCAGUUUAAGUCUGGGCCAGAGCUCUAGUCUUUGUAAGGAAGGAAGUGAAGAACAAGAUCUGGCAACUGAUCGGAAGCUCUUCCGUCUAGUCUCCAAUGAUUCCUUCAUCUCCAUUCAGCCUUCCUUAUCUUCCUGUGGACAGGACUUACCAAGGGACUUCAAUGACAAAGUGAGCUUGCCAAGUCACAGCCACCACCACCACAUUGAUCAGUCUCUGUCCAACGCCUGUGACACAGAAGUAGCUUCUCUCGUCCCUUUACAUUCACACUCUUACAGGAAAGAUCACCGGCCACGAGGUGUACCACGGACUUCUAGCUCUGCUGUGGCUUUUCCAGACACUUCACUGAAUGACUUCCCUCUCUAUCAGCAAAGACGGGGGUUAGAUCCAGUUAGUGAGUUAGAAUCUUCUAAGCCUCAUUCUGGAUCCAAAGAAUCCUUGGUGGAAAAUUCUUGUUUGUCUGGAGAAUUUCAGCUUGUUGGUGAGCUGAAAAACAGUAGUUCUCAGCCACCUACAAAAAGUGGGAAGAGCAAACCUUUGAAAGCAGACAAAAGCAUGGAUAGCCUGAGGAGCCUGAGCACACGGAGUAGUGGGUCGACAGAGAGCUAUUGCAGUGGAACGGACCGGGACACCAACAGUACUGUCAGUAGCUACAAAAGUGAGCAGACCAGCUCAACUCACAUAGAGAGCAUCUUGUCAGAGCAUGAGGAGUCUCCUAGAGUAGGAAAGAAAAGUGGUAGGAAGAGAGAGGGCUGUGCUGACCCAGAGGGCAAGAGCAGCUGUACCACUGACAAAAGGACUAGCAGUGAAAAGACUGCCUUGGAAGGAAGUACCAACAGUGGGGUUCAAGAGGCCAAGGAUUCCAAUACCUCCGAUGAUAUGCACAAUCAGAGAGAUCUCAGCACCUCUGCAUCUGAAGAAGCCAAUAAAAAUCCCCAUGCAAAUGAAUUCACGUCACAGGGGGACAGACCACUCGAGAAAACUGCCGAAAACAAAGAGGAGCAGAGUGAGAAGUCCGCUGUUUCAGUGGACUCAAAAGUUGCUAAAGACAGUGGUGGAAAGCAAAAGGAAGGGGAUGUACGACCUAAAUCGUCUAGCUUGAUCCACCGGACAGCCUCUGCCCAUAAAUCAGGCCGGAGACGGACAGGAAAAAAACGGGCCAGCAGUUUUGAUUCAAGUCGGCAUAGGGACUAUGUUUCCUUUCGAGGUGUUGCUGGUACAAAGCCACAUAGUGCUGUCUUCUGCCACGACGAGGACUCUAGCGACCAAAGCGACUUGAGCAGAGCAUCCAGUGUUCAGUCCGCCCACCAGUUCAGCAGUGAUAGCUCUUCUAGCACCACCCCUCAUUCAUGCCAGUCUCCCGAGGGCAGAUACAGUGCCCUCAAGACCAAACACGUCCCGAAAGAAAGGGGCACUGACUCUGAGCAUGCACACAAAGCCCAUCUGGGUCCUGAAGGAACAGGCAAAAAGCGGACAGCACGUCGGACUUCCAGCACAAACAGUGCCAAGACCCGGGCCCGGGUGUUGAGCCUGGACAGUGGCACGGUAGCGUGUUUGAAUGACUCCCAUAGGCUGAUGGCACCCGAGAGUAUAAAACCCUUAACCACUUCAAAAUCAGAUCUUGAGGCCAAAGAGGGAGAGGUGCUAGAUGAGCUAUCUUUAUUGGGCCGGGCUUCCCAGUUAGAGACAGUCACUCGGUCGAGGAAUAGCUUGCCAAGCCAGGUUGCAUUUCCUGAAGGCGAAGAGCAAGAUGCAGGCAGUGGAGCGGCGCAGGCCAGCGAGGAGACAGUGUCAUUCCGCCGUGAACGCAGCACAUUUAGGCGCCAGGCAGUGCGGCGCCGGCACAAUGCAGGGAGUAACCCUACCCCUCCCGCAUUGCUCAUCGGAUCACCCCUAAGCCUUCAAGAUGGUCAGCAAGGCCAGCAGUCCACAGCCCAGGUCAAAGUCCAGUCCCGCCCCCCUUCCCAGGCUGCAGUGCUCAGUGCUAGUGCGUCCUUGCUGGUGAGAAAUGGGAGUAUCCACUUAGAAGCCUCACAUGACAAUGCAUCUGCUGUAGGCGGCAGCAGUUUGCACGAUGAACUUGGUAAGUUCUCUUCUACGCUUUAUGAGACUGGUGGCUGUGAUAUGUCACUUGUGAAUUUUGAACCAGCAGCAAGAAGAGCAUCCAAUAUCUGUGACACGGAUUCUCAUGUAUCCAGUUCUACCUCAGUUCGAUUUUAUCCACAUGAUGUGCUCUCUCUUCCGCAGAUUCGAUUGAACAGACUAUUGACCAUCGAUACAGAUUUGUUGGAGCAACAAGACAUUGAUCUAAGCCCUGACUUGGCAGCUACUUACGGUCCAACAGAAGAAGCUGCUCAAAAGGUUAAACACUAUUAUCGCUUUUGGAUCUUACCCCAGCUAUGGAUCGGCAUUAACUUUGACAGACUCACGCUUUUGGCCCUGUUUGAUAGAAAUCGUGAGAUUCUGGAAAAUGUGUUAGCUGUCAUCCUGGCUAUUCUUGUGGCUUUUUUGGGAUCUAUUCUUCUCAUACAAGGCUUCUUCAGAGAUAUCUGGGUCUUCCAGUUCUGCCUAGUGAUAGCCAGCUGUCAAUACUCACUACUUAAGAGUGUUCAACCAGAUUCUUCUUCUCCCAGACAUGGCCAUAAUCGUAUCAUUGCCUACAGUAGACCAGUUUAUUUCUGUUUAUGUUGUGGUCUUAUUUGGCUCUUGGAUUAUGGUAGCAGAAACCUUACUACAACCAAGUUCAAAUUAUAUGGAAUAACUUUCACUAAUCCACUGGUGUUUAUAUCAGCCAGGGAUUUAGUUAUAGUGUUUACACUCUGUUUCCCAAUAGUAUUUUUCAUUGGUCUCCUGCCUCAGGUGAAUACAUUUGUAAUGUACCUUUGUGAGCAAUUGGAUAUUCAUAUCUUCGGUGGUAAUGCCACUACAAGCUUGCUUGCAGCACUUUACAGUUUUAUCUGUAGCAUUGUGGCAGUAGCCUUACUAUAUGGAUUGUGUUAUGGCGCUUUAAAGGAUUCUUGGGAUGGCCAGCAUAUUCCAGUACUUUUCUCCAUUUUUUGUGGUUUAUUAGUGGCAGUAUCCUAUCAUCUCAGCCGACAAAGCAGUGAUCCAUCUGUACUAUUCUCUUUGGUGCAAUCCAAGAUUUUUCCAAAAACAGAAGAGAAAAAUCCAGAAGACCCUCUGUCUGAAGUAAAAGAUCCACUGCCUGAAAAACUUAGAAAUUCUGUUAGUGAGCGUUUACAGUCUGACCUAGUAGUAUGCAUUGUAAUUGGUGUGCUAUAUUUUGCUAUUCAUGUAAGCACAGUGUUCACAGUAUUGCAGCCUGCUCUCAAGUAUGUAUUGUAUGCAUUGGUCGGCUUUGUGGGUUUUGUAACCCAUUAUGUGUUGCCUCAACUCAGAAAACAGCUACCAUGGCACUGCUUCUCCCACCCUCUGCUGAAGACAGUGGAGUACAAUCAGUACGAAGUUCGGAAUGCAGCCACUAUGAUGUGGUUUGAGAAACUUCAUGUGUGGCUUCUUUUUGUGGAGAAGAAUAUCAUCUAUCCAUUGAUUGUUCUCAGUGAACUUAGUAACAGUGCAGAGACAAUUGCUAGUCCAAAAAAACUGGAUACAGAAUUAGGUGCUUUAAUGAUCACCAUUGCUGGUCUGAAGUUGCUACGGUCCUCUUUUAGCAGCCCUACAUAUCAGUAUGUCACAGUCAUCUUUACUGUGCUGUUCUUCAAAAUUGACUAUGAAGCAUUUUCAGAGACCAUGCUGUUGGAUCUCUUCUUCAUGUCCAUACUCUUCAACAAGCUUUGGGAACUCCUUUAUAAAUUGCAGUUUGUAUACACUUACAUUGCCCCAUGGCAGAUUACAUGGGGCUCUGCUUUCCAUGCUUUUGCUCAGCCCUUUGCAGUGCCCCAUUCAGCCAUGUUGUUUGUUCAGGCUGCUGUAUCUGCCUUUUUUUCUACUCCACUAAAUCCCUUUCUGGGAAGUGCAAUAUUCAUCACUUCAUAUGUUCGACCUGUGAAAUUCUGGGAGAGAGACUAUAACACAAAACGGGUGGAUCAUUCAAAUACCAGAUUGGCUUCCCAGCUUGAUAGAAAUCCAGGAUCAGAUGACAACAAUCUGAAUUCCAUCUUUUAUGAACAUUUAACCAGAUCCCUACAACACAGUCUCUGUGGUGAUUUGCUCCUAGGACGAUGGGGAAACUACAGUACAGGGGACUGUUUCAUUCUUGCCUCUGACUACCUCAAUGCAUUAGUACACCUUAUAGAGAUAGGCAAUGGGUUGGUCACUUUCCAGCUGCGGGGACUUGAAUUCAGAGGUACUUACUGUCAACAACGGGAAGUGGAGGCCAUUACUGAAGGCGUUGAAGAAGAUGAAGGAUUUUGCUGUUGUGAACCUGGCCAUAUUCCUCAUGUGCUUUCAUUUAAUGCUGCAUUUAGCCAGCGCUGGCUAGCUUGGGAAGUGAUAGUCACUAAGUAUAUUCUGGAGGGUUAUAGUAUCACUGACAAUAGUGCUGCCUCUAUGCUUCAAGUCUUUGAUCUUCGGAAAGUCCUCACCACUUACUAUGUCAAGGGUAUCAUUUACUAUGUUACAACUUCUUCUAAACUGGAGGAGUGGCUAGCGAAUGAAACAAUGCAGGAAGGACUACGUCUGUGUGCAGAUCGAAAUUAUGUUGAUGUGGACCCAACAUUUAAUCCAAACACUGAUGAAGACUAUGACCAUCGACUGGCUGGCAUAUCCAGGGAGAGUUUCUGUGUGAUUUACCUCAACUGGAUAGAGUAUUGCUCUUCCCGAAGAGCGAAGCCACUGGAUGUUGACAAAGAUUCAUCUCUGGUGACUCUUUGUUACGGACUUUGCGUUCUGGGACGGAGAGCUUUGGGGACCGCAUCCCACCAUAUGUCCAGUAAUUUAGAGUCAUUCCUCUAUGGAUUGCAUGCCCUAUUUAAGGGAGAUUUCCGUAUUUCUUCAAUUCGAGAUGAAUGGAUCUUCGCUGACAUGGAAUUGCUAAGGAAAGUUGUAGUCCCGGGAAUCCGCAUGUCCAUUAAACUUCAUCAGGAUCAUUUCACUUCUCCAGAUGAGUAUGAUGACCCUACUGUGCUCUAUGAAGCCAUUGUGUCUCAUGAAAAGAAUCUCGUAAUAGCUCAUGAAGGGGACCCUGCAUGGCGGAGUGCAGUCCUUGCCAACUCUCCCUCCCUUCUCGCUCUGCGGCAUGUCAUGGAUGAUGGCACCAAUGAAUAUAAGAUCAUCAUGCUGAAUAGACGCUACCUGAGCUUCAGGGUCAUUAAGGUUAAUAAGGAAUGCGUCCGAGGUCUUUGGGCAGGACAACAGCAAGAGCUUGUUUUUCUACGUAACCGUAACCCAGAGAGAGGUAGCAUCCAAAAUGCAAAACAAGCUCUGAGAAACAUGAUAAACUCAUCUUGUGAUCAGCCUAUUGGCUACCCAAUCUUUGUCUCACCCCUGACAACUUCUUACUCUGACAGCCAUGAACAGCUUAAAGAAAUCCUUGGGGGACCUAUCAGUUUGGGAAAUAUCAGAAACUUCAUAGUGUCAACCUGGCACAGGUUAAGGAAAGGGUGUGGGGCUGGCUGUAACAGCGGUGGCAAUAUUGAAGAUGCGGACACUGGAGGUGGGAUGUCCUGCACCAGCAACAAUGCCACGAGUGCCAGUGACCCCCAUAGCAAUGUGUCCCAGGGAAGCACUGGAAAUCCAGCGCCAGGGUCGGGAGCAGGACUCCAUCCACCGGUCACAUCUUAUCCUCCAGCAUUAGGCACUAGCCACAGCUCCCACUCGGUACAGUCAAGCCUGGUCAGACAGUCCCCUGCUCGCGCCUCAGUGGCCAGCCAGUCUUCUUACUGCUACAGCAGCCGGCACUCAUCGCUCCGGAUGUCCACCACGGGAUUUGUGCCUUGUCGGCGCUCUUCCACGAGUCAGAUAUCACUUCGAAACUUACCGUCCUCCAUCCAGUCCCGCCUCUCUAUGGUGAACCAGAUGGAGCCCUCCGGUCAGAGCGGCAUGGCCUGUGUGCAGCAUGGCCUGCCUUCUUCCAGCAGCUCCAGCCAGAGCAUCCCAGCCUGCAAACAUCACACUCUCGUGGGCUUUCUUGGGACAGAGGGAGGUCAGAGCAGUGCCGCUGACGCCCAGCCAGGCAACACCUUAAGUCCUGCCAAUAAUUCACACACCAAAAGGGGGGAUGUGAUUUACCGAGUCCAAAUUGUCGAUCCCAGUCAGAUUCUGGAUGGGAUCAAUCUGUCAAAAAGGAAAGAGCUGCAGUGGCCUGAGGAGUCUAUUCGGUUAAAAGCUGGGAGAAACAGCUGGAAAGACUGGAGUCCUCAGGAGGGCAUGGAAGGCCAUGUGAUUCACCGAUGGGUGCCUUGCAGCAGAGAUCCAGGUACUAGAUCCCACAUCGACAAGACAGUACUUCUGGUCCAGAUUGAUGAUAAAUAUGUGACUGUCAUUGAAACGGGGGUACUAGAACUUGGGGCUGAAGUGUGAGCCAGUGUUUUAUAACUACGUUUCUUUGCCCUCUCCAUUCCAAGACAUUGGAAAAAGAGAGGAGAGCGUGGAAGAUGCCUGCAGGUAUUCCUUUGCUCCUGUAUGGGAGAGACUUGGACGGAGAGCGGGCUUGGUUAAGCGCCUCUCCUUCGCCCUUCACCCUGACUCCUGUCACUGUCUCCAUCCCCAAAUAAAGCUGAAAUAUUUUUUUAAGUUAGCUGCCGAGAAAACAUUUUGCAUGAAGGAUAAAGUUCUGUUAAAAAUACAUCCUUAAAAAAA